AAAAUAAAAUAAAAUAAAAUAAAAUAAAAAAGAUAAAAAAUAACCAGUAAAAUUUAAAAAAGAAGAAAAAAGAAGAAAUAUGAAGCAGCAGCUCUACAGCCUGAGCAAAGGACCCCGGCAAUCCCCACCCAGCUUGGCUUAAUUCAGACUUACUUAUGCAGAUCCAACAUUCUUGACUCCCUGGGCUUGCUACAGCUCUCUGAUCCUUAGAAUCUUCUUCAAUUCCAGAAAGAAUGCUGCGUCAGGGCCUUUGCAGACUUGGUCAAAAGCUGGUAAGCAGAUGCCCACUGGAGAAAAACGUGCGUGAAUUUAAAUCUGGCAAAAAACUGAGCACUUUGGAUUUAGUGGCCCUGGGUGUGGGCCGCACAGUGGGUGUCGGUGUGUACUUCCUGGCUAAUGAGGUGGCCGGUAACCAAGCAGGACCAUCCAUUGUGAUCUGCUUUAUGGUGGCAGGUCUAACAUCACUGUUGGCUGGACUGUGCUAUGCGGAGUUUAGUGUCCGGAUUCCCCAUUCUGGCUCUGCAUAUCUCUACAGCUACGUCACUGUGGGUGAACUCUGGGCUUUCAUCACUGGCUGGAAUCUCAUCCUCUCCUUUGUUGUUGAUGCAUUCGUUGUGGUACAGGCCUGGAUCUUAACUUUUGACAUCUUCAUUGGGAACCGGAUCUCUGAGACCCAGCAUGAGACCACCUCACAGUAUGUUCCCCAAGUCAUUGCAGACAAUCUACAUUACUUUUUUGUCAUCUUUCUAUUUUUGUUCCUGGAACUGCAAUAUAUAAGUCGGCGUGGGUUCUUCAGAGUUUUUGAAGUGGUUACAUUGAUAAAACUUUUGUUUCUCACCUUUUUCAUUAUCUCUGGCUUCAUUAAGGCAGACCUGCACAACUGGAAGCUCACAGAAGAGGAUUACAUACAGGCUGGACUCAAUGACACCUCUAGCUUGGGCCCUCUGGGCUCCGGAGGAUUUGUGCCUUUUGGCUUUGAGGGCAUUCUCCGUGGAUCAGCUACCUGUUUCUAUGCAUUUAUAGGUUUCAGCAUUAUUGUUACCAGAGUCAAAGAAUCCCACAAUCCCCAGCGUUCCAUCCCCAUGGGCAUUGUGAUUUCACUGCUCAUCUGCUUUUUUGUGUAUUUUGGUGUCUCUGCCGCACUUACACUUAUGGUUCCUUACUACCAGCUUCAACCUGGGAGCACCUUGCCUGAAGCAUUUCUCCAUGUUAACUGGGCCUCUGUCUAUUAUGUUGUAGCUUUUACAAUUUUCUUUAGUCUUUUUGUCAGCACCUAUUGGGGCUUUACGUUCCCCAUACAUUGGGUGAUAGCCAUGAUGGCAGAGGAUGGCCUCCUGUUCCCUUUUCUUGCCAGGUUUGUUUUCAAAACAUAUUCCCAUAUCAUGUCCACUGUGAUAUUUAUCAUUAUUGCAGUAAUCAUGGUAUUCUACUUUAGACUCACUGAUCUUCUGGACCUCAGGUCAGUUGGCACCCUGAUAUCUUAUUCCUUGGUAGCUUUUUGUGUUCUCAUCAUCAGGUAUCAGCCUGAAAGGAGGAAGGAGGAAAAUGAAAAAGAGCUGCGGGAGGAGGAUGGGGGAAAUGUAGCACAGAUGCAGGAGGAGACUGCACCUACAGCAGAGAAGCUGACUCUACAGGGACUAUUUUUUCCAGGCAGCCCCACCCCCACUCCACUCUCUGGCCGGGUUGUCUAUGUUUGCUCCUCACUGCUGGUUCUGCUGAUGACUCUCCUCUGCCUGGUGCUGGCCCACUGGCCAGGUCUGCUUUCUGGAGAUGCAGGGCCAAUCACAGUGGUUGUGCUGCUCCUGGUGCUCAUCACUGGGAUCACUGGGGUCAUCUGGAGACAGCCACAGAGCUCCUCUCCCCUUCCCUUUAAGGUCCCUGCUCUGCCUCUCCUCCCACUCCUGGGCAUCUUUGUGAAUGUUUGCCUUAUGAUGCAGAUGUCAGCUGGAAUCUGGCUGAAAUUUGGUGUCUGGAUGCUGAUUGGGUUUGCUAUCUACUUAAGCUAUGGGAUCCAGCAAAGUCUGGUAGCUUAACCUUUCUUAUGGACCCAAAAUCUAGACCUUGAACUCAGCAAUACCACAUUAUUUACAAUAGGCAGGAUAUGGAAGGAACAGAGGGUAUGCAUCAAUGGAAGAAUGGAUAAAGAAGAUGUGGACUAUAUGUACACCCAAUAGACUAUUACUCAGCCAUAAAGAAGAAUGUAAUCUUGUCAUUUGUAACAACAUGGAUGAAUUGGGUGGGCAUAAUGAUAAUUUAAAUAUGUCAGUCUGAGAAAAACAAAUGCCAUGUUUUCAGGCUUAUGGAGAAUUAAAGAAAUAAAUCAAAAUGAAAAAAGAAAAAAGAGAGACAAAUUCAAUAUAAAAAAUAAAUAAAUAAAUAAAUAAAUAAAUAAACACAACAUUCUAGACCCCUAAAUAAAGGGAACAAACUCGUGGUUGUCAAAGCUGAGAUGGGUAGGGGAAUGGGUAAUUUAAAUAAAGGGAAUUAAGAGUACACUAAUAAUUAUGAGCUCUGAAAAAAUGUGUGAAAUUGUUGAAUCAUUGUAUUAUGCACCUGUGAGUAAUACAUCAACAUUGCAUGGUCAUUAUAUUUAUAUAUUAAAAAAAAGAAAAAGAAGCUAGAAAAACCCC